UUUAUUCACAAAAUAUAUAUAGUAUGUAUACAGCGUACUAUACCUCAGUUGCCCCCUUUUGCUUCCUAAUCUAUACUCCGCAGAUCAGAUCCGAUAUUCACUCUUCAGAAUAGAGAAUAAAUAGCAGAAACAUAGAAGGGCUUUCUUCCGAUUGAAGUUUUUGGUGGAAUACUCAUUAAACGAAGCCAGGCUAUGGAAGUCCCGUGCUAAUGGGCCGCGGAGUUAGCUAUGGUGGGGGCCAGAGUUCCCUUGGCUACCUGUUCGGAAAUGGGGAAGGCCCGGCUCCAAAACCUGCCGCAAAUAAUUCGGAGGCUCCUCCUCCCAUGCAGAAGCAAACCCCAGUUGCUAGUCAAGUGAUUCCCGAUAAGCCGGCCACUGUUGCCCCACCCGCUGAAGCUACUAAGCAGAUUCCAGCUGGCAUACAGGGAAACAAGAAUAACAACUACUACAGAGCCGAUGGCCAGAACACUGGAAACUUCCUCACGGAUCGGCCUUCGACUAAGGUCCACGCGGCCCCAGGUGGAGGAUCUUCCUUGGAUUACCUUUUCGGAGGUGGCAGCAACUAAACAAAAUCCAAGCCUGUCAAAAUUUAUGAAGAUGGAUAAAUAUUGCUCGUUGUCUGUGUAGGCCGCAUUUGGAAGUUUACGGGUAACAUAUCUUCGACUUUUGCUCUCGGGACGUGUGGGAAUUGUAAUGUGGUUUGACUCUUUCUUGUGUUAUGAAUCAAGAUUGUGCUGUGUGCACUGCUUACUUUCUUUAUAUGUACUGUUGUUAAUGGAGAUUUUUCCUGUUAUUGUUUGAGGUUCUGCCAAAUCAUUGGUUUCACUUCAUCAAAUAUGUUGUGUAAUAAAGUGGAUACUUGGGUAUAAUGUUUUUCAUUUCAAAAAAAUUGGCUGACAAACUUUGUUUGGGCGAAAAAUUAUGUUAGGUGCCCCUCUAGGUGGAAAUAUCCGGC